CAUAAGGGGGGGGGGCCCAUCUGCUUGCGGCCGGCUGGGUAGAGGAUAUAACAUGGGAAUGGUUUGUUUCCCACAAAAAGGCAAACUGCAGAAUAUGUAUUUUUGAUUUAAAUACUUAUCUACAGAUUGAAGUUAUACAUAUAGGUGCUCCAUACAGUAUGGGGGCAUAUGGACACAGAAAUACAAAACCCUGUCUUUUAAAUGGCAAAGAACUCCUAAGUACCUAAAAGCGUAAGCAAUGAGAAACAUAUCCUUAAAGACAUUCAAACACAUUCAUAUGGCCACUUUUAAUGCCAUAUUUCAUAUCAUAAUUUGAAUUAAAUGAAACUCAGUAGGUAGCCAGAUUGUUUCAGAAGUCCCUGCAAAAUAAACGUCUAAAGACCAGGAACAACAAGGAAAUAUUCCCAUCUUGGGCCAUGUAGGCAUUUCUGAACAACCAGCACUUCAUCUUGACCCUCCCCUACUGAAUUAGAGAAAACCCAGUGUUUUUUUGUUUUUUUUACUGUUCUCACGUUCAUCAACCCCAUGUGGUCACCACUUCAUGUGUUUGAAUUCGGCUGUUUCCUGGGAACGCUGACCUCCUGACAUCUUGACUUGACCCAGGCAGUUGUUUAGUGACUGUAGAAUGCUUACAAAUUAUCAUCGGGCGGCACCAUGUCCUGACACUGACAUCUGACACUGACACUCAACACUAGUAAUGAACUAGCUGAAGGGCUCCCUGGUCUUAACAGAAGUGUUUACUAGAUUAGAGACAGACCCUUAACUUUGGAGCAAUGCCUUUCACCUUUUACCUCAGGGACUGUGACACUGACAGAGGGCUCAGCUGCAUCAUGUCCUUUGUCAGAUGUGCACCUGGUGCGUAGGACUAGAGGGUGUAGUUUCCAUAGCACUUUUUGAUUGUCCUUUGUUGUCCUUUUCAGUACUAUGAUUCAGUGGACACAGCUCCAAAAUCCAUUCAGCUCAGUUAAAAUAUCGGUUAUUAUGACUCAAAGAUGAAAGUCUACAGGGAAAAUCUUUUCCUACACACUCGCUUUGACUUACAUUUAGUCAUUGAGCAGACGCUUUUGUCCAAAGCGAAGUACAAGGGAGAGAGACUUGUUCCUUUAGUUACAUUUAGUCAUUUAGCAGACGCUUUUGUCCAAAGCUAGUUGAUCCGCUAGUUGAUCCGGCUUCCACCACGUGGAACUUGUUUAAUGUGUUUGGUACUAAACUGCAUUUGGAAUCUUAUUCAAGUUACAGAGAGAGACCUUUACUGUGUCGCUGUGAAAACAUGACAGCAACAGAGUGUGUAAAGACAUCAAGACAGAAUGGUUUCAUAAUAAGGUAACUGAAGUCACAUUAAACGCAAAUAGCGUAGUAAACACACCUUGCUCGGAUUCAAUAAAUCUAAUGGGGAAUGUUCUGUUGCAGACCAUGACAUAUCAGUUUACCCCAUCAUGUUUUUGCCAGCAGUAGAUGCCAGGCUCUGUCUGAAAACUUUGAUGUUGGAGGGAUAUAAAAUCUAAAUUUAAGGUUAGCUCUCUCUCCCUCUCAUAAGUUAAAUUGAGUACAUCCUACUUGUGGAACUAAACAGAAAGGCAAGAAUGUGAAUGAAGGCACUAUCUGCUCUAUUCCAAAGAUGUACUAUACUUUUGGAAGAAAAGCUACUCAGUGAUAUAAUUUAGCAUGUGAAAAAAUAUAAAAAUACAGGAUAAUUUUAUCUUAUAAAAUAUAAAUGUAUUAUUUGAUAUGAUGACCUCAAAGAAAGGUCACGUUUUAAGUGUCCAUGUUCCUGGUGGUAAAAUCGAACCCUUGGAAUGGGAGUGUUAUUUUGGCAUCCUCAAGACGUUAUCCUUGGUGGAUACUCAGAUGUCAGUCAAGCCAGCAGUUUCCACUGCCACAGUCAGGACAGACAGAUUCUCUGCAUUAAACUAUACCUUACUCUCAACAAAGAUCCAAUGCAUAGAUAGGAAGUAAAGGCAAAUUGAUCUUCAAAUCUGUGGUAAUUGCAAAAACAUCUUUCACAUCUUUUCUCAAUAUUUCACAAGAUCAUACUAAAAUGAUUUCCUUUUUAAUUUAUUUACAUCUAAAUGGAUUUUCAAACUUUUCCAUCUAUAUGCAAUUGGUCUUUUAGCUUAAUAUAAUUUAUUGAUUCCCAAAACCAAGCAAGCACAUAUGAUUUGAUGUUAGAUAUUUAUCAAAUCUUGGUAAGAGAUAAUGGAGAUGUAUUAUAACUUCUAUUUAAAAUAAUUUAACAAUAAUAAAGUAUUUUCAUUAACAGUUAUGAUAACUUGUGUACUGACAAGUGUUCAACAAGAAGGCGUCAACAUGUCAAUCAAAUCGGGGAGGGUUCAGCUGUUUAAAGCAGUGUGUGAACCCCAUAUCCAUUCAUGCUUUUCUGCGUGCGCAACUGGUGUACACAAGUCGUAUGCGACAGCAAGUUGGGAGACAUGGUUUUGGGGCAGUAAAAACGGACAAAAGAAAACUUGGUUUACGUGGGUAAACUUCACACACAGCACUUGCUCCGACCAUAGACGCCAAAGUGGCAGGAUUUGCCAAAAAUUGGUGGGGAGAGGGUUCCGGGCUGGGACCGUUGAUGAGUGGACACUCUCGGGGUGGAAAGAUGACAGUGGUGUGCCCAGAGAUCCGGGAUGAAAUAGUGUCCGUCAACCCAAUACAAGAUGACAGCGAUUUGGAGAUAGGAGACCAGGAAUGUAGUGAACGGGUGGUGAUCAAUAUCUCCGGCCUGCGUUUUGAGACCCAGCUGAAAACUCUUGCGCGAUUCCCGAGCACACUACUGGGGGACCCGUGCAAAAGAAUGCGCUAUUACGAUCCGGUGAAAAAUGAGUUCUUUUUCGACAGGAACCGUCCAAGUUUUGAUGCCAUCCUAUACUAUUAUCAGUCCGGAGGGCGUCUCCGGAGGCCUAUCAAUGUGCCGAUCGAUAUGUUCCUGGAAGAAAUUAAAUUUUAUGAGAUCGACGAGGGUGUUGUUGAAAAUCUUGUUGAAGACGAGGGCUUGUCAAGAGAAGAAAAUCGGCCAAUGCCAUCGAAUGAACUUCAGCGUCAAAUAUGGCUGUUGUUUGAAUAUCCCGACAGUUCUGGAGCCGCGAGGAUAGUUGCCAUAGUUUCCGUGUUGGUCAUUUUGACAUCGAUUGUAAUCUUCUGUUUGGAGACUUUACCAGAGUUCAGAGAGGAAAGCAAUGUAUUCAAUAACCACUUUCUGAAUGGGACAACCGUUCCCGAAAAGCACAGUCCUUUCACAGAUCCAUUUUUUCUACUGGAGACGCUCUGUAUAGUGUGGUUCACCUUUGAACUUUUGGUGAGAUUCCUGGCAUGUCCUAGCAAGAUUGCCUUCUACAAAGACAUCAUGAAUAUUAUUGAUGUUGUAGCUAUUGUGCCAUAUGUUGUUACUCUGAGCUUGCUGCUCGCAGAACACAAAGGAAGUCAACAGGCUGCGUAUCUAGCCAUUCUGAGAAUUAUCCGGCUGGUGCGCGUGUUUCGUAUUUUCAAACUCUCCCGCCACUCCAAAGGUCUCCAAAUUUUAGGGCGGACCCUUCACGCAAGCAUGAGAGAACUUGGUCUUUUAAUUUUCUUCCUGAUCAUUGGCAUUGUGCUGUUCGCCAGUGCAGUUUUCUUCGCAGAGGUUGAUGAUCCAGAAUCUGGAUUCCAUAGCAUCCCUGAUGCGUUCUGGUGGGCAGUUGUGACCAUGACGACCGUGGGCUAUGGAGACAUGUGCCCUGUCACUUUGGGAGGAAAACUAGUAGGAUCCAUGUGUGCCAUUGCUGGUGUGCUAACUAUUGCACUGCCCGUACCUGUCAUCGUAUCGAAUUUUAGUUAUUUCUAUCGCAGGGAAAACGACAAGGAGGACAAUAGAAACUACGUCCAUGUCACAUGCGGCCAUGUUCCAACCUAUACCGAAUUGAAGGAGAAUGAUAGUAAGCCUUCUCUUACUAAAUCUGAAUACAUGGAAGGUGACGAUUUGAAUACAUCUAGAUACAUCAACCUCAGUUCUUUUGAGACUUACACUGGGAAGCUGACAGAUGUCUGAGCCCAAAACGAAACACCGAAUGAAGAGUUCAGUUUUGACAUCUGUAGAUAUAUUCUAUUUUUUUUCUCCAAAAUGAUUUGAAAUGAUAAAAAUUCCACUCUUACAGUGAUGUAAUAUUAUAUGAUCAAAAGGUGAAAUUUGUCUUCUUUAGCAUAGGCGCGGUGACGUCCAAAAUUACUCAUAGCCUACCUGUGCAAAAGCUUAGCCUUCUGAGUAGCCGUGACGCUGUGCCUUCGAUAAGCCUUGAUAACCAAGAUUGUGAGGUAAAAGUAGACCCCGAGAGCUGGUGGUGUUCAUCAGUAUACCUAAUUAGGUAACACAGACUAAAGCAGUCUAGCACUGUAGAUCUGACUAUUGUACACUUUGUUUUACCGUCUCGGGGCGCCACCGUGUGGUUAAAUGUUAAACGGCAGGUUCAAGCAACAGAAUUGUUUAAAGUACAAGUUCACUCCAUCCACAGCAUAAUUUACUCCAUUCAAAUAUAUGUGUAUCAUGAUGUAGAUAGGUCCCAAACGGUUCUCUCUUCGUCAGCAUCAACCAUGCAAGGUUGAGGAUAAUUUUAAACAGUUAGAUGGCGUGUUGAGGCAUUUUCAACCCAUAAAAUGCAGAUUUUUAUAAAAAUAUGAAUUUUGUCAAUAUUAAAACCAGCAUUGUGUUUGUGUUUGAUCACAGAAAAGAAAUAUUCAGUUCACAGCUAAAAAAAAAACAUUUAAGGAUGUAGUUUAAAUACCACCGACCAGUUUCAAUUUUUUUGAGGCGCAAUCCCUAUUUUUAAUUGUUAACUAAUGCAGGUGGAAUCCGCAGCACAUUUUGAAAUGUAAAAAAAAAAAAGAAGA